GAUAAGAGAUGGCGCUUAUUUAAUUUGCAACAUGGUGGUACUGUUAACUUGAUUGUGUUUGGGCCAUUGACUAUUUCGCUGUUUAUCAAUGUUUCCUUCCGCGGGCAACGAAAUUCUUUUUACAAGAAUCUAUGUUAAUGUGAUCCAGCGUGAAAAAUACUUCUUUUGUUUAAGUUUUUAAACUGCAACCAAAAAUGGCGUUUUCUUGUGUCCAGAUUCAGCUGGUAUUGGGUCACAGAGCAACUUUACGGACCAAGAAAACUCCUCAAGGGUUCACUCAUGACUGGGAAGUUUUCAUUCGUGGGCCUGAACGAACUAAUAUUCAAAAUUUUGUUGACAAAGUAGUGUUUUACUUACACAAGGAUUUUCAGAAGCCUAAACGAGUGGUUAAAGAGGCCAAUGCUGAGGGAUCUUAUGUGGUUAAAGAAUCAGGCUAUGGAUGCUUUUCACUGCCCAUUGAAGUCUACUUUAAGAACAAGGAUGAACCUCGGAAAGUGAAGUUUGAGUAUGACUUGUUUUUACAGUCAGAAGGACCACCUAUUAGUCAUGUGCGCUAUGAGAAAAUGACUUUUAAGAAUCCCUCAGAAGAUUUUAGGAUGAAAUUAAUCAAGGGUGGAGGAGUUGGAGUUAUAAAUGGUGAGACUGGAACUGUGUUGACAUCUAGUGAAAAAGUUGAAGAGCCUCCUCCUGUACCUGCAACAACAACAACCCCGGCUGGUUCCUAUAGUUCGGGAGCCAAGAAACCUCCGGGAACGAACGAUGCGUCAAAGAAGCACAAAUCUUAUAAGGAACCCAAAACAGAAGCUUUCAACGAUUUGUUUGGAACGCCAGCGAAACCUGAAAAAGUAGUAGGAUCGGUAUCAGUCGACGCAAAGAAGUCCUCCGGCAGAGACUCUUCAACCAAAAAAGACUCCUUAACGCUAGCGAAAGAAUCAAAAUCAAGCAGCAGUGGUAAUUCCAGUGGCAAUACAGUUAAAUCAGACUCUAAACGGGAGAAGGCAGACAAAGCCGAAAAAGAAUCCAAGAAAGAAAAUGAAAAAGUGUCUUCCAAAAGCUUAAAAGAAAAGGAUUCAGAAGGAAAAGGUGACAGAAAGAAUCGUAAAGAAGACAAAGUUCGAGAGGAAAAAGAAAAAAGUAAAUCAUCUAAAGAAAAAAGCAAGAAAACAGAUAAGGAACGUAAAGAAAAAACGAAAGACCGCGAUAAGGAAAGCAAAGAUAGCAAAGACAAGAAAGAUGUCAAAGAUACUAAGGAUGGUAAAGAUCCAAAGGAAACGAAAGAAGCUAAAGAGGUGAAAGAGAACAAAGAUUCCCGCUCCACGAGCGGUACCAAACUCCAACAGAAAAACGAAGUCAAAGCUAAAGAAAUCAAAGAAGAUCCUGAUGUGAUGAGAAAGAUGUUUAGAGAUGAACCAGAAGUUAAACACAAAGUAUCAAAGGAUGACGCUGAGGGAAAAAAAUCAAGCAGAGAAGAGAAAGAGAAGUCCAAAUUAGUGAAAUCGGAGCCUAGCAAAUUCAAGUUAGACAAGAUGAACGACUUGUUUAAGGACACAAGCAAAUCAGAAAAAGAAAAAAAAAGUGAAAAAUACAAGGACAAAAAAGAAUCAAUAAAAAUUAAGAUGGAACGUCCCUCCUCUGCGGCAUCAGUCACUGCCACGACUCAACUUCCCGUGGUUUCAAAGGGUGAAAAAUCUGCCACUAAACCAGAAAAGCGGGAGACGAAGAACAAUCUCGAAUCGGGUAAGGUUCCGCGUCCUGAUAAAAAGAAAACUGCUGCAUCGAUAGUGCCAACCCCGUCGCCGAUACCAGAAGAAGUUUCCUCCAAGAAAAUACCGUCACGAUCGAAAGCUUCAGAGAAAAAAUCAAAAGAGAAUGGAGCGGCAGAAAAGAAAGUUAAUGAGCGAAGUCGCGACAAAGUAGAAGUGAAACAAGAAGUAGUUAAAAGAAAACAGCCAGAAAUAGAAACAAAAAAGGAAACAUUAUCGGCCCCGGUAGUACAACGCGUGGAAGAAAAGGUCAAAGAUGUCGAGCUGGUUCGCAAGGCGGAGAAACCAGUUAAACGGAAGAGAGUAUCGUCAACCUCAUCCGCAUCUUCAUCCGCUUCCUCCUCGUCGUCAUCUUCCUCGUCUUCGUCCUCCUCGUCAUCGUCAUCGUCUUCAUCGUCCUCUUCUUUAUCAGAUGUCUCCAAGCGUAUCCAGCCUAGUACAACUUCUACUGCCCCUUCAAAAGUCGAUUUGCGCCCGGUAGAACAGGAAGCUGUUCUGAAGAAGGACAAACCCAUUGCGUGCGAAGAAGACUUGGGAAAUAGAGCGAAUAAUGUCAAUUCGGCUCCUCGUCCCAAGACGACAGACGAUCGGAAAAAGGAAGUUAAAUUAGAAAAAAGAACUAUCACGCCGCCCAUAAAGCGAAAGCGGAGUUCGAGUCCUGAUGCAGAUUCGAAUCCUGUUCCGGUGACAGUAGAUAAUGGAUGUAGUGAUGGUACAGACAGUAAGAAGGUAAAAGUUGAACUUCCAGACCUUUCAUUAUUUACGCCAGAGUACCUUUCCCAGCUAAUCGAGUUGCAACAAAAAAUUGGAAGUCUCAAUGACAAGGAGAUUCAGCGCAUCGUUGACGUGGUUAAAUCGAGUGGUGCCUACCAAAUAUCUAACACAAGUUUCGACUUCGACCUUUGCGCACUGGAUUCCGGAACAAUCCGGCGAAUACAACAGUGUUUGACCUGACCAUUCCUCAGUAAUCUAUCCUUCAUACCUCUUCCUCAUAAUUGACUGUUGUUCAUUGGCCUUGAAAUUUUUGUAAUAUACUCGUCAAAAUUCA